AUGUCUCUGCUCUCUGCCGACGUCCAUGCCGAGCUGACGCAGCUCCUCCAAGCCCUGCAGUCCGCCGACAAUGCCGUCCGCUCUCAGGCUGAAGAGCACCUCCAGAGCAACUGGACCAGCUCACGCCCAGAGGUCCUGUUGAUGGGGCUCGCGGAGCAAAUCCAGGGUGCUGGUGACAAUGCUACUCGCUCCUUUGCCGCCCUUAUAUUUCGUCGCAUCUCGUCAAAAACCCGCAAGAUGGAGUCGGGCGAAAAUGCCGACAUGUUCUACUCCCUCUCCAAGGACCAAGCCGCCGUUAUCCGCAACAAGCUUCUCGAGACCCUUGCUACUGAAGCUGACCGCACAGUCCGGAACAAAAUUAGUGACGCCGUGGCCGAGGUUGCGCGCCAAUAUGUCGAUAAUAACGAUGCCUGGCCAGAGCUUCUUGGGGCCCUCUUCCAGCUCAGCCAAGCGCCUGAGGCUGAAAAACGCCAUAAUGCUUUCCGCGUCUUCACAACGACCCCGAGUAUCAUUGAGAGGCAGCAUGAGGAGGCAGUCCUUCAAGCAUUCCAAAAAGGUUUCAAGGACGAUGCCGUCAUGGUUCGUCUUGCAGCCAUGGAGGCCUUUGCUGCCUUCUUCCGAACCAUCAGCAAGAAAUCCCAGAUGAAAUACUAUUCGCUGAUUCCGGACCUGCUCAACGUCUUGCCUCCCAUCAAAGAGUCCGAGGACUCUGAGGAUCUGAGCAAAGCGCUUCUGGCUCUCAUUGACCUUGCGGAAUCCGCGCCCAAAAUGUUCAAGCAACUGUUCCACAAUUUGGUGCAGUUCAAUAUUUCCGUCAUCCAAGACAAGGAGCUUGACAGUAUUUGCAGGCAAAACGCCCUUGAACUAAUGGCCACAUUCGCCGACUAUGCGCCCUCAAUGUGCAGAAAAGACGUCUCCUACACGACUGAUAUGAUCACUCAGUGUCUGAGUUUGAUGACCGACUUGGGCGAAGACGAUGACGAUGCCACCGAGUGGCUGGCCUCGGACGACUUGGACCAAGACGAAAGCGACCAGUAUCAUGUGGCCGGUGAGCAGACCAUGGAUCGCCUGGCCAACAAGCUUGGCGGCCAGACCAUCCUGGCGCCAACGUUCAACUGGCUGCCCCGAAUGACAAACUCCAUGGCUUGGAGGGAUCGCCACGCGGCUCUGAUGGCCAUAUCGGCCAUUUCAGAGGGAUGCCGUGAUCUAAUGAUCGGUGAGCUCAGCCAGGUGCUCGACCUGGUCAUUCCGGCUCUGCAGGAUCCGCACCCCCGGGUGCGCUGGGCUGGGUGCAACGCUCUGGGCCAGAUGAGCACAGACUUUGCCCCCAAGAUGCAGAGUGACUUCUACGACAGGGUGCUGAAUGCCAUUAUACCCGUCCUCAGCUCCCCCGAAGCGCGUGUCAAGUCUCACGCUGCGGCGGCACUGGUCAACUUUUGCGAAGAGGCAGAGAAGUCUGUCCUGGAACCCUACCUGGAUGACCUUUUGUCCCAGCUCUUUCAGUUGCUGCAGAGCGACAAGCGCUUUGUGCAGGAGCAAGCUUUGUCUACCAUUGCAACCAUUGCCGAUGCAGCCGAGGCGGCUUUCUCCAAGUACUACGACACUUUGAUGCCCCUGCUCGUCAAUGUACUGCAGAACCAGAACGAAAAGGAGUAUCGGCUCUUGCGUGCCAAGGCCAUGGAGUGUGCCACUCUCAUUGCCCUGGCCGUCGGGCGUGAACGACUCGGUGGCGACGCCAUGACGCUGGUCAAUCUUCUCGCCAACAUACAGACCAGCAUUGUCGAUUCCGACGACCCGCAAGCGCAAUAUCUGAUGCACUGCUGGGGUCGAAUGUGCCGCGUGCUUGGCUCCGACUUUAUGCCAUUUUUGGCCGACGUCAUGCCGCCCGUUCUCGAGCUCGCCGGGGCCAAGGCCGAUAUACAGCUGCUGGAAGACGAUGAGCAGGCUGAGCAAAUGAGCGGCGAGGACGGCUGGGAAUUCGUUCCUCUCAAAGGCAAGAUGAUUGGUAUCCGGACGAGCACCAUGGACGACAAGCAUAUGGCCAUUGAGCUCUUGAUCGUCUACGCCCAGGUCCUCGAGGCCGAGUUUGCCCCUUACGUGGCCAACAUCAUGGAGAAGAUUGCCCUGCCCGGUCUUGCCUUCUUCUUCCACGAUCCUGUGCGCUACAUCUCGGCGAAGCUUGUGCCCCACCUUCUGAGCUCGUACAAGAAGGCUUACGGCUGCCCCUCCAACGAACUCGCGGGCCUCUGGAACGCGACGGCAGACAAGCUCUUGGAAGUGCUGACGGCCGAGCCUUCCAUUGAAACGCUGGCUGAAAUGUACCAGUGCUUCUACGAGUCUAUGCAGGUUGUUGGCAGAGAUUGCCUCAGUCCUGAGCACAUGACACGGUUCAUCGACUCUGUUCAUUCUGCCCUGGAGGACUACAAAGACCGAGUCGCCCAGCGAGCCGAGGACAAGGAAGGUGCAACGGCCGACGACGUGGAAGACGAAGCUGAGGAGACGCUCCUUGCCAUUGAGGACGACCAGACCCUUUUGUCUGACAUGAACAAGGCAUUUCAUUCCAUUUUCAAGCACCAUGGUGCAACCUUUUUGCCGGCUUGGGAGCGGCUGAUGACGACGUACGAAGGGUUUCUGAGAUCUCCAGACUCCACACAGCGGCAGUGGGGUUUGUGCAUCAUUGACGAUGUGCUCGAGUAUUGCGGGCCAGAUAGUUUUCGUUACGCCAACUACAUCUCGCAGCCUCUGGUUGACGGCUGCAGGGAUUCGUCACCAGCCAUUCGGCAAGCCGCAGCAUACGGGAUCGGCGUCGUGGCUCAUCGCGGCGGCGCGUCGUGGUCGCAGUUCCUUGGAGGGGCGGUGCCGUUUCUUUUCCAGGUGACGCAGGUACCCGAUGCGAGGAACGAGGAGAACGCCUACGCGACCGAGAACGCAUGUGCUGCCCUUGCCAAGAUCCUACACUACAACCCGGGCAGUGUUGCAGACGUACAAACCGUGACUUCGCAGUGGCUAGACACUUUGCCGGUGACGAACGAUGAAGAGGCAGCGCCCUAUGCAUAUGCGUACUUGGCCGAGCUGAUUGACCAACGACAUCCGGUGGUCAUGGGCCAGGCCAGCAAGUUGUUUGUGUUUAUUGCACAGGCGCUCGAGGCUGAGACGCUGCAAGGGCAGACAGCCAGCCGGGUGGUGGCGGCUACGAACACGCUGCUUACAACAGCCAACGUCGACCCGAUGCCUUUACUCCAGCAAUUUUCGCAAGACUCGCAGCGAACGAUUAUGGGAUAUUUCAGCUAG